AUGUUCAGACAGUUCUUCGAUACAUCAUUCAAUGAUUAUCGUCAGGUACGAGUUGUUAUUCAAGGAUUACCACGCGAUCCGCUAACAGGACCAUCAGUUGACUUCCAAAGAUUUUGCACCAGUUUAUUUAAUCAUAAGAGUUAUACACAAGAACAAUUCAAGCUUGAGUAUUGUUAUGUAAAAGAAAAAUUAGCUGUUGAUGAAGUACCAUUGAAUGAAAUCCAACUGUAUCGUCGACCGUUUGGUUUCAUUUGUUUUGCUACUAUACAAACUAGUGAAGAAUUACACAGUGUUCUCAAUCAAUUCCGAGAAAUGAAAGAGAAAUACAAAGAUGCGCAUGUACAUCUAUUUGUUCGAUAUAAAACGACAGAUAUUAAAGAAGAUGAUGGUGAGAUUUCAACGAACGAUAAACUGGAUGAAUCGGAUUACACACCUGUGUAUCGUCAAUCUAUUUCCAGUAUGAUGAGUACGGAGUCAUAUAAUUCAUUACCACAAGCAGUUACAUCACUUAAACUACAAGAAUCAAUACAUAAUGUUGAGAAUUGUGGAGCAGCAUCUGAUCCAGGAUCUUUAACAAGUAGUUUCGAUGAUUCAUUGGCAUUUCAAGGCACUGAAGCGGAUACGCUCGAUGACAGUGAUGAAAGGGGCGCUUCGAUCGAAAUCACGACUAUGAAAACAACAAAGAAACCGAGAAAACCUCUUUUAAAAAGUUUAACUCUAUCGACUACGACAAUUCGUGAUCAAUUUGAUAAUGACGUAACUCGUGUUUCGCAUGUUCUACUAACUAACCUAACCAAAUUAGCAGCUGAAUCAAAUAAUACGAAUGGAUUAAUAUAUUCUCUCGAUUCACAACUAGCUGACAUACGUUUGAUCGUGAAAUCGGAAGCAAAUUGUACACUUUUAGACAGCCAAGAGAUAUCUCGUCAUGGAUACAGUCAAGAUCGUACGUACAAAGCUGCACUGAACGAAUUCGAUAUGCGUAUGAUGCUGGCUUUAUUUAAUCAAUAUAUAAAAGCCAAUACGAUUCUUGGCGCAGAAGUAGCCAAAGACAAAUUAUCACGCAAGACAAUUGAAGCACGAAUAUUAAAACGCAAAGGUGAUUGCUAUCUAUUAUUAGGAGCUAUCGAAAGAUCUCUACACACAUAUCGACGUGCUAUAGAAGCAUUGAAGACUCAAAACGAUACGAUAUGGCAUGCAGCUGCUCUCGAAGGACGCGUCGCAGCUACAUGUUCAUCAGCACAAAAGCCUAAGACACGCUUUCCAAAAACGAUGUCAUACAUAUCACAACGUUCAUUUACGAGAAUGAUAUCUUUCAAGAAAAUCUUGAAAUUAUCAUCCGACGCAUUGCUAAACUCCCAACCGGAUAUUGAAUCAUCUAUACGCACCUAUCAUGCUGCCAGUAGUUCUUUGUAUAAUAAACAGGUCUUUCGAUUAGAAUUGGAUGCUUGUUUACGUUGGUGUACUUUGCUCUUGGAACAGAAUGACAUUCGGAAAUAUCGUAGUGAUGUUGAUGAGUAUGUGAAACGAAUCAAUGCUUGCGGCCAUGAUCUACAAGAACAUAUCGAUAGUAUAUAUUUAAAUGCCUAUUUAGCCGAGACGUAUGCAACAGUUGGCCUAAAACGUAAAAGUGCAUUGUACUAUCGGUCGGCAGCAUAUUCAGGUUUGGAAUUAUUAAAUGAACGCAAAGGUCACGAAGAUGAGAUUGGAUUUUUCGAUGAGCUCAUCAGACGAGCGCGUACAGGUUAUGGAAUUGAUGAUAAUCAAAUAAUUUUUCCAUUGAUACAGAAGACCAUUAUUAGCGAAUCAAUACAAAUUAGCUUAAAAAAUAACGAUUUUACGACGAUUAUUGAAAAUGUUCAUUUUGCAAUCGAAACACUCAUUGACUACAUGACAGAUGAAGAAUUAAAACAACUGCUUACAUUUUUGAAUGGCAGUGAUCAAUCAAUUACUUGUUCGUAUUGCAGCAUACCGCGAUUGAAAUCUCUCGAUCUUCUUCCUCCAUCGGAUCGAUUGAAAGCAUGGAAAACAGAAGCUGAGGGUGCAUUGUUUAUCUAUCGUCCGAAAGUCAUUGUGUCGAGUCAACAUCAACCUCUCCAUCGGAAAGUCGAUUUCUUCUGGGUUAAAAACGAAGAAGCACAAAUCGCACUCGUCGUAGAGAAUUAUCUACCUUCGACUAUGUAUAUCACUCAAUUAGAAUUUAUUACUGACCAUCAACUAACAACUAAACCUGAUGGCAAAUAUCGUAUUCCAUCGCGCACUACCAAACGUUUAGUGAUUGUUUGUAUACCAAAAGAAACGGGUUCAUACCGAAUACAAGGUCUUCGUUAUCGAAUAUUGUCUACGAGUCAAGAAUAUCUUUUCAAAGAUGUACCUGCUAUUCGUCAUUGUGCGUGUUCGGUUGAUGUUCUAGAUGAGCUGCCCAUUCUUGCAAUUGAAUGUGUACAUGUUAAUGAGAUGAAAAUCGAUUUGGUCGAUGAAACAACUGAGUACACUGCACAAGUUCAUCGAGAAGAAGAUUUGUUUGUAACAUUUGAUUUGAUGGAUAUGUCGUCGACAUGUGACAUCGAUCAAUUGGAGAUUCAAGUUUUAGCAUCGGGCCUCAACAUGACAGAGUAUGUUAAAAUUCCACAACUCAGCCUGCCGAUAUACACUGGUACAAAGAUGAAAACAAAGCUGGAUCUCUCCGAGAUUUAUGAUCGUUAUCUGGCACGUCAAGGUCGAAUAGGAACGACUAUUGAAUGUCUGAAUAUUGAAUUUCGAUUGAAAUACUUCAAUCAAUCUUCAACGACAAAUAACUAUUAUCGUCAAAGUACAAUCGAGCUUCGUCUCGAUUACUUUUCAUCGAUUUUCUUCGAAAUAAACGACAUACAAAGCGAUGAUGAUGAUUUAUCUUAUAUGUUGUGCUGUACAAUCGCCAAUCAUCUAUCGGAGGAUAUAACAUUGCAAAAUAACAUAAUCAAACCAUCGGAAACAUCAUUAACAAUGAUCAAACAAGAUAAAAUCAAAUUAAACACAUUUCCAUCAGACUUAAAUGAAUUAAUUACUGCAAUCCGAAAUCAACUAUCCACACACGUUCAUUACAAAACAACAAAUUCUAAUAAACGUCUGCGUCUACCGAUCAAUUGGCAGAACUUUUCCAAUGAUAAAAUUCAAAGUCAUUUUCACGAUCUUAUUCAAUCACCUUACACCUGCGACUGGCAUUUCAAAAAAUUAGCCAAUACUCUGCAUAUUCGUCUAUGUGUUUCAUCCAAAUAUUACAAAAUCUGUCAAUUAGAGUUCCGUUUCCCAUCAUCGAACGGUAUUCGAUUUUUAAAUUCCAACAGAAUUCUUUUCAGCGAUAUUGAACCGGGAAAAUACUGUACGGCUGAACGGGUUUUAAUCUUUUCUCAAGGAGAUAGUUCCGAUGUUCUCGUAGUUGACGUUAGUGUGAAUAACAUCGCAUGGAAAAGCAUUACGCAUUUAUGUUAUACAGAGCUGAAGUUGAGUGUGACAAAUGAAAUGAUAAACAAAGUCACUCACCUAAAUUAUCUCUGUCGGCCGUGUUCGAAAUUCUCUGAAAGACAAGUACGAUUCGAAUCACAACCAAUUCCAUGA